CAAAAUUUUUAAGUGUAUACGUGCCCUGCGUUUAGAUGAAUCUUCUGUGGAAGAAGAAUCACGUGUAGAAGAGUUGCCUAGUUCAAUAUGCAAGUCCAUACAUUUAAGGUUUCUUGACCUCACUGAGACUUCUAUUGUGAAAAUCCCAACUUUUAUCACCAAGCUCUACAAUUUGGAAACACUGAAACUGCCAAAUAACAUGGAAGAGCUUCCACAAGAUUUUCACAACAUGGUUAGCUUGAGACAUUUCUAUCUUGAAGACAAUGAUCAAAAUAGGAAAUUGAUGCCAAUGAAGAUAGGGCAGUUGACAUCUUUGCGAACACUUCCAUUCUUUGUUGUGGGCGAGAAGAGUGGCCAUAGAAUUGAAGAGUUGGGCAGCUUAAGCAAGCUAAGAGGUAGAUUACAUGUUUACGAUCUACAGCAAGUGAAAGACAAGGAAGAAGCAGAGAAAGCUCAAAUAUUAGGAAAAUCAGACAUUCAAGAGUUGCAAUUUCAUUGGGAAGAAAACCUUGCAGAGCCCGACAAUAACCAUGGGGAUGUGUUGGAAGGACUCAAACCUCACCAGAAUGUUAAGGGACUAAUUCUUCAAAAUUUUGGAGGAAGAAGAUGGGUGUUUUGGAUGAGUAGGAAUGCCCGCGUGCUUCAAAAAUUGGUGAAGAUCGAGCUAAGAGACUGUAGGUUGUGUGAACAAGUCCCAGCGCUCGGACACCUUCCGCAUCUUGCGAUUGUCAGAAUGGAUGGCUUGCAAAACUUGAAGCGUAUUGGUCCCGAAUUUUAUGGACAGGACGGAUGGAUUAUCGAUAAUUGCAGUGCUAGUGAGGCAGCAACUCCAAGAGUAUUUCCAGCAUUGAGGGAAUUAGUACUUUGCAAUAUGCCUCAACUAGAAGAAUGGUCAGACGUAUCGUCAUUGCCCGCUUUUGCCACGAGUACGAUAGAAUCCUUCCCUUGUCUUCAGAGAUUAGAUAUCAGAAACUGCCCCAAGUUGAUGACCAUUCCAGAUGCAGCGUUCUACCUCUUGAUGUCCCUUCGAGAACUUUCAAUUGUAAAGUGCAUGGAGUUGACGUGUUUGCCGGAUGGGGUGCUACAACCAUCCCUUGAAGAAAUAGUCUUAGAAGAUUGUCCAAAGUUAAAAACGCUCGAUCAAAGUGACGAAACAGAAGCAUUAUUCAACGACUAUUCGAACCUUCAUAAACUUCAGAUUGAAGAUUGCCCGGAGUUGAUGUGUUUACCCGAUGGGCUGCUACAGCCAGCCCUUUUAGAAUUACAGCUACUUUUCUGUCCGAAGUUAAAGAAACCCAAUCCAGAUGCAUUACGCCGCCUCAAACUCUUUUUCCUAGGAAUUAUGGACUGUCCAAAUCGGGAAAGUUGUUGGGAGGAGGGACUGUUUUGCACCACCAACCUUCAACAAUUGUCUAUAGAUUACUUCGGAGAGGAGUAUGGAUAUUUCCCCUGGCCCUCCACAAGUACUACUGCAUCUCCACCAUCGAGCCAUCUCACCUCCCUGGAGUAUCUAUGUUUAUGGGGAUGGGCGGAGGUGAAGUCUCUCCCCGAUCAACUUGAGCUCCUCCCUGCCUUGAUACUUUUGGCAAUUUCGAAUUUCAGUGGGUUGGAAUCUCUGCCGGAGUGUCUGGGCAACCUUUCAUCUCUUAAAUCUUUGGAGAUAUGGAGCUGUCCCCUUCUUGAGAAAAGAUGCGAAAAGGGAAUCGGCGAAGAUUGGCACAAGAUUGCUCAUAUUCCAAAGAUUCUAAUAGACGGAAGGAAAAUACAGUGAGCUGAGGUGUACCCACUCCUUGCAGAUGAAGCAUGAAACUCCCCCACAAAUCAUGUAAUUU